AUGGACGCAGCCAUGAUGACGGCUCAGGCAAUGGGGCAAGCUCCCUUCCUCUACUACCGCCCCGAACAAAAGCCCGAUACCUCGAGGCACCGCGGCCACUUCUCCCAGCAGCCCAACAUGCACCAGCACAUGGCCAUGUACCCCAUGGUCCCGACUCUGCCUUCCACACCCAUCUACUCGCGGCCUAACUCGUCCUGCUCUCAGCCCAUGGGCCCCACGCUGUACAGCAACGGACCAGCACCCACAAGCAUGACGCCGAUGGCCUCGCCCCAGCCCUUGACCCAAAAGCCUGCGAUCAUGCUCGAGACGGAGAUUGGUGACGAGAACCUCUACUUUCCCUCGACACCGCCCUUGUCGGCCUGCGGUAGUGCCAUCAGCAGUCCCAACAACAGCUGCGAAAUCAUCCACACGCCGAUGAACCCCAUGUUCUCCGGGUUGGACGGCUUUGACGGUCUUGACGGAUUCAAGGAGACGCUGGAGGUCCCCGAGAAUCUCGCCAUUGACUGGAACAGCUGUGGAUCGCCCCCCAUGACACCUGUUUAUCUCCAAAACCAAGCAACCAAGGUUUCCUCGCUUAGCACCAACACUAGCGACCUGCUUUCCACAGCAUCUUGCCCUUCGCUUUCUCCCUCACCUUCGCCGUACGCCAGGUCGGUCGCCUCCGAACAGGAUCUUGACUUUUGCGACCCGCGCAACCUGACCGUCGCUGCUGUGCCCAACACAUCCAACCCCACCCUGGCCCCCGAGUUCUCAGCCUUCACCCUCGGUGACGAGCUCAGGGGUGAAGUCUCUGCCAAGGCUCCUACAUCGGCCCCCUCAAACCAGACCUUUGACUUCAACCCUGCCAUUCCUCACGGGCUUCCCGCUUUUGAGGAUUUGUCUGACUUGGAGUCCGAGGACGACUUCGUCAACGGCCUGGUCAACCUCGGUGACGCCAACUCUGCCGAGGUGGGCCGCCCCCGUGCCUGCACCGGCUCUAGCGUCGUCUCGCUUGGCCACGCGAGCUUCAUCGGUGAGGAGUUCAACUUCGACGAGGCUGAGAUUUCCGCGCCGGCUUGCUUGCCUAGCCCCUCAUCCAGCUGCAACGACAACGACUGCCAUCAGAACAAGCGUCGCAAGGUGGUUAAGCAGGAGACCCGCAACUCUACGCCCAGCAUGAACUCCACCGCCGGGUCUUGUCAGGCUACCAGUAGCGAGCAGCGAUCCAACAGCCAAGCUCCUGCCUCUGAGGCCAACAGCUCGUCCGAUUCCGAGACCCCGUCUGCCCCUCAUCCCGCUCCCGUCAACCGCCGCGGGCGCAAGCAGUCCCUCACCGAGGACCCUUCCAAGACGUUUGUAUGCGAGCUCUGCAACCGCCGUUUCCGCCGCCAGGAGCACCUCAAGCGUCACUACCGCUCGCUCCACACGGGCGAGAAGCCCUUCGAGUGCCACGAGUGCGGUAAGAAGUUUUCCCGCAGCGACAACCUGUCCCAGCACGCCAGAACCCACGGCAGCGGCGCCAUCGUCAUGGAACUUGACGAGUCGGGUGUUCACCCGUUUGACCACAGCAUGAUGGGCCACCCCGAGGACUACCACACGCUCGGUAAGGUCCUCUUCCAGUGUGCAGCCGAGAUUCCCGGAAGUGCCAGCGAGCUCUCGUCGGAAGAAGAUAGCAAGAAGAAGCGCAAGCGCUCCGACUAA